CAGCAAACCGUCAACUCGCCACUACGGAAUCAACUAUCUAACGGACUGGGGUUUCUUGAAAUAUAUAUCUACAAACGACAGAAAAUAAACUUCCCCACUUUCAUCAAGUCCAUAUCUAAAUAAUCCAUCUCUCAUCCUCGACGGACAGAUAUCCACCCGAACAUCGUACACCUCACCAAAACAAAUACCUACACAGCGAGAUGUCCUCCAAUGUCGGCCUCUCUACCCCCCGCGGCAGUGGCACAUCGGGCUACGUCCAGCGCAACCACGCGUUCAUGAAACCGCGCAAUGCAGGCUACGGCGCGCCCUACCCACCUUUAUCCGGCGGCAACAACUUCGACGCGGGCACAUCAUUCAAGCAGCGCCAGCCCGACAAGCAGAUCCUCGAGCAUGACCGACAACGCGCGAUCGAGGUAAAGGUCAUGGAGGAGAGGGAGAGACUGGAGGAAGAGAACGAGCGGAUCGAAGAGGCGAUGGAGAAAGGGAAUAAGAGGAAGGGGAAGAAGAGCGAGAAGAAAUUAGAGGAGGGCGAGGAGGAUGAAGAAGAAGGAGAGAAGGGGGAGAAGGGGGAGAAGGUUCUGUCCGAGGAGGAGAUUGAUGAGCGGUGUGAGGCUUUUCGGCAGAGGUUGCUCAAGGAGUUGGAGGAAGAGCAGGAGGGUGAGGCGGCUGGUCGUGGGGGCAAGGAUGGUCGGAGACGGCCUGCUAGGGAUUUGCCGCCUAAGGAGAGGAGGCAGUUCAAGUCGUACCAGGUUCACGAGCUGGCUGAGGCUAAGAUCGAGGAGAGUGAGCGGCUUCGAAAAGCCUUGGGCAUUAAAGAGGAUAAGGAGACUGGGGAAAUUAAGGGGAGGGAGCCGUUUGAGAGCAAAAGACGGGAUUAAUCGGUCUAUCAAAGGUCGAUGAAUAGGGAACUUUUGGCGUCAUGGUGUUAUCUUGAUUCUUCGCAUCGGAAGCGAAACUGUAUGCAUACUUUUAUAUGAUCUGAAAACAAAUCUCCAAAUGGAAUACAAAAAAUGAUUCCUUCAUUCAGUACUUCUAUACCUAUUCAAUUCGAUAGAUAUC